UCCCUCCCUCCCUCGCGACAUGGCGGCGGCCGCCGGGCCCGGAGGCUGCGCGCACUACCGCCGCGGCUGCCUGCUCAAGGCGCCGUGCUGCGGGAGGCUCUACGGCUGCCGCCUGUGCCACGACGAGGGCGAGGAGCACCGCCUGGACCGCUUCGGCGUGCGGCAGGUGCAGUGCGCCCGCUGCGGGAGGCUCCAGCAGGCUCAACAGAAUUGUGAAGACUGCCAUAAUGUUUUUGGAGAGUAUUACUGCAGUAUAUGCCAUCUGUUCGACACAGACAAGAAGCAGUACCAUUGUGAGAAAUGCGGGAUUUGCAGGAUUGGUCCCAAGGAAGAAUUCUUCCACUGUUCCAAAUGUAACUUGUGUUUGGCUCUGACUCUUCAAGGGAAUCAUAAGUGCAUUGAAAAUGUCUCAAGGCAAGAUUGUCCCAUAUGUUUAGAGGACAUUCAUACAUCACGUGUGGGAGCUCAUGUCCUGCCCUGUGGACAUCUUCUUCAUCGAACUUGUUACGAAGAUAUGCUGAAAGAAGGUUAUAGAUGUCCUUUGUGCAUGCAUUCAGCGUUAGAUAUGACCAGGUACUGGCAACGACUGGACAAUGAAGUGGCACAGACGCCUAUGCCCUUGGAGUAUCAGAACAUGAUGGUGGAGAUUCUUUGCAACGACUGCACCUCUCGGUCCACAGUGCAAUUCCAUAUUCUCGGCAUGAAGUGCAAAAACUGUGACUCAUACAACACUGCCCAGGACGGCAGCUGCCAAGCGUCCCGGCACAGCAGUGACUGAGACCCGCUCUGCAGGGGCAAUGCCGCCUGCCGCUUCACACACAGCAGCGUUCUCAGGACGGAGUAGGACAUUUCUCCCUUGUGCAGGAAUUCAUCGCCCUUGUGGAUUUUGCAAAGUUGAAGCAUGUAUUUAUGGCAUGAAUGCCAAAGCUCUGUUGCUUUCUGUAGCAAAAUCCCAUUGGAAAUAUUCCCUGGUUUUGAGAGAGAAUUCUUAGGGACUGUAUACACAGACCAGCUUGAAAGAAACUACAGUUCUUAACAUUUUUGUUCAUAUGAAAGAAUAAAGUGCGUUAUGUGAACAAUA